AUGGGGGUUGGAAUGAAACAAGAUUCAUCGGGGGCCUCAUCAUCAAUGCAAUCCUUGACCGCCAGCCUUGUUGGACUUCCUCUAUUCGGUCAGUUCCAGCGCAAACGUUCACCAAAAGACUCUGUUAGAUCUCGUGAAUCUUCCAAUUCAAGCAACAGGUCUCAACGAUCACCAAGGAAUCAAUUCGAUUAUAAACGACCAUCGCCACCAAAUACGAGAUCUACCUCCUCGGCCUCUUCAAAAGCACCACAAGACAAGAGAUCUACAGCCAUCGAUAUGCCAACAUCACACCGAUACUCAUCCGUCGCAACAAAUGACCCAUCCAUUCACUCUUCACGGCACAUGGACGCUGGAAUGGCUCAUAAAUUGGCCAAAUCUGUCUCCUCUGGCGCCCUAGAUAUCCAAUCGUAUGCUGUCGGCGCUCACCAUGGCGGCGGAAUGGUUAAAGCUGUGAGUCGGGAAAAGUUGCCAAUGUAUGCUGGUGGUAUUCAAGCUAUGGAUAUGGCUCCUGCUGCAUGGACUGUAGCCAGCAAGAUUCAAGAUGAUGAUGCGAGAAUGGUGCACCUGCCAAUGAUAAAUACCAGAAUACCAAAGGUCGUUGAGAAAAUGCUUCCAUCGCCGUCACCGAGACGCGACAAGAGGCUGGAAGUUGAUCUGAUACAAUACGCUGAAGUCUAUGUAGAGUCACUCUUUGCCUGCGACACUACUGGCACUCAACCACAACAAUCCGCACCACCAUCAUAUCCCCCACUCGCUUCAUUCUUGCAAUCCGUCAUGCAAAGGACAAGGGCGUCAUUAACAACUCUAGUAACAUCGCUCUUCUACCUCCGACGCUUAAAAGAACUUCACCCUGUGUGCAGAGGUUCUCAUGGAUCAGCUCAUCGACUAGCACUGACCGCGCUAGUUGUCGCUAGCAAAUACCUCCACGACGACACGUACGACAACAAGGCUUGGGCUCAAGUCUCUCAAGGGCUCUUCAAGACAGAAGAAGUAAACCAAAUGGAGUCUGAAUUAUUGCACUUCUUGCAAUACAAGCUCUAUGUCGCAAACUCGGAAUGGGAGGCUUUUAGCGCUGAAAUCGGUUAUGGAAUGGAAACCAGUAUAAGGUCGCUUAGAUCUGAUUACAAGACUAGUAGUCCAGGCACCAAGAGGCGGUUCUCUGAAGAAUUGUCGAUAUAUGAUAGAGAACAGUUUGAAAUGUAUGAAGAGAGAAAGAGGAAGGAGGCUGCGAUGAAGGCUGCAGCUGAAAGCCAGAAAGCUAGUGUUGCCCUUGCUGCUGAAAGAUCUGAAAUGAGACGGACGGCUUAUGGAACUGCUGCAUCACACCCACAACAAAUACCUCAACAACAUCACGACCGAGGAGGCUUCCAGCUUAGAAACUAG